CAGGGACCUGUUAUCAGCCCAAACGAUUGUCGACACCCCUCGAUUCCGCUCGAAUUUCGAGCUACUCGACUCUACUCGACUCCGAUAUCGCGCACCGAUUGCACCGAAUUCCACCGAAUCACGAUCACUUGUACCGGCGGGUGUCGCAGUGAAAAACAACACCUACAUCCGUGACUCACUCCAACUCGAGCAGCAAAACUAUCUACGGCGUACCUAAAACUACGACGCGAAAGAAAAACUCGUACCUUUGCAAAAUCGUGUAACUUCCGCGCCCGAGAUCCACAGUGCAACGAUACAAAACACAUUAUGCUACGGACCUUCCCCGAAGUCGAAAAGAACCUAUAAAACUUAUCCAAAAGCACAUAGUCGCUGGUCGAGAUGGUUUCCUCGCUGUGCUACCUGAUAUUUCCUGUCAUCCUUGUCAUCGGUCUUCUGCGAAAAUGUCGCGAGUCCUCCUGGGGCAAGUGUAAGAGUCGGACUCCGUUGCAGGGACGUGUCUUCCUUGUCACCGGGGCAAACUCUGGGAUAGGUAAAGAGACCGUGAGAGAGCUUGCACGGAGGAAAGCAGUGAUUAUCAUGGCCUGUCGGGAUCUCCACAGCGCCAGAAACGCUAUCGCGGAUAUUCGCAAGGAUGUAGUUACCGGUGAAUUGAUACCCAUGGAGUUGGACUUGGCGUCGUUCGCUUCUAUCAGACACUUUGCCCUCGAGGUAUUGAAAACAUUUUCAGAGAUUCAUGUGCUGAUAAACAAUGCUGGGGUUUACGCACCCAUCAAGGAUCGCUGUGUCACCAAAGAUGGUUUUGAAAUUCACUUUGGCGUUAAUCACUUGGGACAUUUCCUGCUCACAAAUCUACUUCUCGAUAGGCUGAAGGAAAGUUCACCUAGCAGAAUCGUCGUGUUGACUUCAAAGCUGUUGGAAUCAGGUCAAAUUGAUUUCUCUAAUUUGAAUGGAGAAAAGGGUCUACCUAUAAAGGGGCGAAUGAAUCCAGCUUAUAACAAUUCGAAAUUGGCAAACGUCUAUUUUGCGACUGAACUUGCAAAACGAACGGAAGGUACGGGUGUCCAGGUUUAUUCCGUAUGCCCAGGAUUCACAUACACCGGGCUCUUCAGAAGUGUUAAACGAAGUUGGUUCCAUUACAUACUGUUCUCUCCAGUUGCUUUGAUGUUUCUUCGCACGGCAAAUCAGGGUGCCCAGACCGUGCUUCAUUGCGCUACUGAGGAAUCUCUGAACAAUGAAAGCGGACACAUUUACCGUGACUGUAAAAUGUAUGAGCCAAAGAACGCACUAGAUUCAGCAGUUGCAGAACGGUUGUGGAGAGUGAGCAGUGAACUGACUGGUAUCACAGAGAAGGAAUCCAUGUAAACCAACUGUUGCGUUAGCAUUAUGAAUGGAAUCCAAAGUUUUACUUUGAAGUUGCGUAAAUAUUUUUAAUGAUGGAAACUAAUCUACUAACUGCAAAUAAGGGUCAAGUUUUAGAAAGCUUUGACUCUCCUGACUGCCGAUACAACUGUGAAUGGAUUUCCUCUCGGGAUACUUUACUGACUGAUGAAAGUGAUCUCACUGCAGAGUUGUACUCUAAAUUUAUUUUUAAAUGGUAGGUUUAAGAAGAUAAUCUCAGCCUACGGAUAGCUGUAGGCAAACACGCGUGCAACUAUGAAGUAUUCAAUGAACUUUGGUUAGUUAUCGGGUAAUUUCUAGUCGGUAUUUGUACCAAUUUACAUGGAGUGAGAAAUGCAUGCGGUAAUCGAUCCCUCAAAGAUACUUUAGUUCUGUUUGUUAAUAUCUCUUUCAACGACUAGUUUCAAUUAUAUUUUAUGAAGAUGAUUCAAGGUUAAAAGUAAGCAAUAAAACAUUCUCCAAUAAACUAA